AUGGUUCUGCCAGUGGCUCAGAAAAAAGCUGAAAGCCCAGAACCUGAACCCAGCCCACUUACUUACCCUGUGUCCAUUCCACCAGCCAAAGUGUGCACAACCAAGAGUUUUGUAUUUACUCCUCAAAAAACUAGCCAUGAUGAGAAAGAGAAGGCAGACACAGUAAAAGAGGUCGACACUGCCGAAAAUUCUCUGCAAGAUAGCAGUCAUCCACUGGUUCUGUCAGUGGCUCCAAUAAAAGCUGAUACCCCAGAGCCUGAACCCAGCCCCUAUACGCCUCAGAAUUCCACACCAAAGAAUUUUGGGAUUACCACUCAAACAACUAGCCAAGAUAAGAAUGGGAAGGCAGACACAGUUAAAGAGGUCGACACUGCUGAAAAGUUUCUGAAAGAUAGCAAUCUUCUACUGGUUCUGCCAGUGGCUCCAAUAAAAGCUGAUACCCCAAAGCCUGAACCCAGCCCCUAUACACCUCAGAAUUCCACACCCAAUAAUUUUGUGUUUACCACUCAAACAACUAGCAAAGAUGAGAAUGAGGUGGCAGAUACAGUGGAAAGACCAACAGCAGCUAGUCAUACCCCUGCUCCAAGUCACCCAGCUCCUGCUGGGCCGUCUGUAACAGUUAAUCCCACUACUCAAAGUGUUCCUGUUGUCCCUAAGGUUGCCGUACCUUCUCAGACUUCAACUGGAACACCUCCUGUCUCCAACAUUCCUGCUCCAAGUAUUCCAGCUCCAAUCCAUUCGACCUCUGCAAGCCCUGAGCCAAAAAUUCCCUGA